CGAAAGCCCCAUAGGCUACCAAGGGUUAAAAUUAAAAUCAAGCUUCGGCAUUUUAAUCACUGUUUAAGUCGGUUCAGACAACUAAUGGGUAUUUGCGCCUGUUUGAACGUAAAGUACGGGCUUAUCUGCUAAUGGUUGCUACCGACCAUUACCUUGAAACCAUUCAGCAAAUACACAGUACAUAUGGUGAUUUAAAAUCACCGCUCAUUUUACACACAGUUUAAAAUGAGCGGCUAGUAAUGAGUGAACAUUACCAGCUAGCUACGUUUUUCAUGUUGGUUUUGGGCGGUAUGCGCCCCCACCAAUCUAGAAAAUGUUUUAAAAACAGUAACAUUAGCUAGCUAAUGGAAAACUCCAUGCAGGGAGUCAGAGGCAGAGGGACAGUCACUGCAGCGUUAGCUAACGUUAGCUUGUUGUUUCAUCUGGGGUCUAAUAAACAGUCUAGUUUGUAGCAAUGAAACAGACAACACCACUAUUCAACUUUUACACACCUGAUCAACGUAUCUUUCUGAAAUGUCUCUUUUAGAACAAAAAUGAAUAGAAAGACUGUGCCUGUCUCCUUAUCAACCUUAAGACGAACUGUUAUAUCCAUUUUGGUGAGCCCUGAACAUCUCUACCUUGCUGACUAUUCCGGACAAAUGCUAAAAUCUUUUGUAAACCAUUUUGGUGAGCUGUAUGGGACAGACCAGAUUGUACGCAAUGUCCACUGUCUGGUCCACCUGGCAGAUGAGGAGAAGAGGCAUGGCUGUCUGGACUCUUUUUCAGCGAACCACCUCGGGAAAAUAAAUAAAAUAAUUAGAAAACCUGAGUUCCCACUAGCUCAGCUCAUUCGGCGCCUUUUCGGAGGUUACAGCUACCAAAUUUGAUGCGGAUGCAGACACUGAAAAAGGAGCAUUUUGUGGGCCCAAUUGUUGUUGGCAUGGGAGUUAAUGCGCAAUAUGGGGAAAUGCGUUGUGAAAGGUGGAUUAACAACAGGGGACAACAUGUUUCUGGUGGGGGAUGAAGUCUGCCUUAUCAAAAACAUUAUCCAAAAUGAUAAUGGUGUGUACGCUAUUUACACUGAAUUUUCCCGGCAGUCUCCAUUCUAUACCUACCCCUUCAACUCCAACAGAAUGAAAAUAUUUGUUGUAAAUGACGCAUCUGACAAGCUGAAGUUGGUUGAGGUGUCAGUGCUGCGACAGAAAUGUGUAGCCUUGCCUUACAGGGAUGGUUUCGUGGCCAUACCUCUCCUCCACUAAAUGGGGGAAAAAAAUCAAUCAGUUCAAUCACUCAGUUUAAACAAUCAGUUCAAGUUAAAAACUCUAAUAUAAUAAUAUAGUUGACUACUGACUUUUGACUAUGACUUCCAUUACUCUGGAUGAAAAUAUGCUGUAAGUAUUUCACAAAAGUUGGUAUUUUUCCAUGUAUACACAAUUCAUGUUUUCAAAAUAUGAGAUGAAAUAUUGUCCCUCAAAAUGCCAUGGGGAAAUAUUUUAUACUGAAUUUAACAUGCAUUGACUUGUCCCACCUUUCUCAAUACCAUUUACCGUACAUAGUCCACUAUAUUAUUAGCAUUAUUCAAUGAUUUUUGUACGUUUAUGAAACAUCACCCCCAACACAUUCUGCCAAAAAAAUGCAAUAGUACUCUACGGUUGAGCUGAAGUUCUACUUGACCAUUAUGACCUGUACUUUUUCCUUCCUUAUACUUCUUCCCACCUUGGGGCCCCAUUCAGGUUAACUUUUAGCCCGUCUUACUUGCUUAUUUGUAUACAUUGUAGGCCUAUACUUGUGCAUGCUUAAGUCCAUGUUAUUCCUUUUUUGAUGAUGAAUAAAUACCCUUUUUCUUUCUUUCUACAUUAAGGAUGCCUUUUCAUCUAAUUGAAUUUCAAGCAAGCGAGGACAUUGCUGUAGUGCCAGUUGACUGGUAUGAUGACGGGAUGGUGUACUGGCCCAGCUUUAAGAGCACUGAACGUGUGAAACGGGCAGCUGCAAACGAGGAGAAGCAAGAUAUGACGUAAAGGUUGUCAGAACUUGUGACAACUACAAAGACGCCAUCAGGCAAAUGAAUCAAUAUGAGACCGACUGCAACACCUCUGAGCUACAGUCUGAGGCAGAGCAGGAGGGUGAGCUGCCAGAGAAACGAGUCAGGAAGCCAAUCCAUCGUUUUGGGGACUCUGAUGAGAGUGAAGAAGAAAAUUGUGACUUAGCUUCUCUGAGGUCGCCACGACCUUCCAACUCGGUUGGUGUAUCAGUUGGAGCCUCAAGCCCAAACCAAUUACACUGGCAGACUCCACCAUCUCGCCGAGUGCCAAGCAGCAGAGUCACUACUCCUCAACCUGGAGGAAACUGUCUAGCACCUGACCAUGGUUUCAGACCCCAACACCCUUCACCACCUCAACUCCCUGCACCUGCAUUUAACAUGAGGGGUGUUUCUCAAGGAACGGCAGUCCCUCCGCAACUCCCUCCACCCCCCGCACCAGCCCUCAACAUGAGGCGAACAAAGGAGCCCUCUUCAAGCCUGGCCUAUAGACCAACAUGGCGAGGGGGAAUAAUGACCGAUACCAUUCCCUGCUCUGCGGCUGAGGUCCACAUCCUUAGCCUGCUGGAGACCAUUAAACAGCAACAAGACCAGCUUGUGGCAAAGGUGAACUACCUCAGCAGCAGGCUGAACAGCAACCCCGGGGCCAGAUGUUGAGAUGCCGGACAAUAUCCAGUUUCCCCUGGAACAAUUGGAGGCAGUGGAGGCAUUUGAAAUGUUUUUAAAGGAACCGUCAAAUGGCCCAGCUCGACAGAGAGUGAUUUCUUCUUUGGCCACCAUUGAAGGUCAGGAUGUGAAGAGGGUGACCUGGAACAUCCUGGCCAGGCUCUUCACGGAUGAGGUGCUGUGAGGAAAAACACAGUGACACUCAGCCACAGACGCAGAGGUCACCAAGCACGUAAUCAGGUGGUUCAACCUGGCAGCGGAUCGGGCAACGAGGAGACGUGUCCCGCCUCUAGCCAGACAAAUGGAGUAAUAGGAGAAAUAAACAAUAUUUUUUUUGAA